UAAGAAGAAGAAAACAUAGAGAAACACCUGUACAAACAUGAGAUUACUAACUUUGAUCACCGUGGUUUUUUAUGUGAGUACUGCCCAUGCACGAGUGAUUGUCCAUCCAGUGCAGUAUCCACCGAGUAAUCAAAUACUAGACUUCCGAGAGACUCCGAAAAUACACACUCUAAAUGACGCUGAACUCAUCUGGAAAAAGAAUUCAAUGCCACUUGAGCAUUAUAAUGGCCGACACCAUCGUAAUCCAUUGGUGAACCACUUGAAAUCUCCUACAUUCGUGAGGAAAAACAAACCAGUACCACAAGUAUACCAUAAUGUAGACCACCAAAGUGAACAAUUUGUAAACGACCUGAAUUCACCACAUUUAGAUUUCGACCAGCUAUUGUCAUCUGUCAGUGAAACUAUAAACAAUGUUAAAACGGACCUGGACUAUUUUAACUACGAUGUAAAUCCACUGGAUACAACACAGCUAGAUAGAAAUAAUCUAAACUUUCAGCACAAUGAAUAUUCCAGAAUUGACCAAUAUGAAAAUGGUCUUAACUCAAAUAUAAAUUAUCCCUCCCUUGUAGAUGCUACUGAGAUAAGUGGUUUGUCAAAACAGUAUUCCAAAUCACAAAGUGACAAGAAUAUCCUUUAUGGCAAAAACGUCCAGCCGCCUUACAUUUCGACUGCGUAUAAAUCAGGAGAAAUUCCAUUUAAUAAUGGCCAUGAUCAAAAGAUGGCGCCAACAAAAUACAAACAUACAACGGCAAUACCAGCCAGGUAUGAUAACGUUAAGUAUAAACCCACAGUGAAACCACCAAAACAUGACUUCGAGAAAUAUAAACCCACAAUGGCACCACCAAAACAUGACUACGGAAAAUAUGAACCCACUACGACACCUCCAAUAGAUGGCAACAUAAUAUAUGAUCUAACGACAGAACCACCAAACCAUGAUUACGGGAAAUAUGAACCACCAAAACAUGAAUAUGGGAAAUAUGAACCUACGACAGAACCACCAAAAUAUGACAAUAGGAAAUAUGAACCAGUUACAGAGCCACCAAAACAUGACUACGGGAAAUAUAAAGCAACGACAGAACCACCAAAACAAUACGAUGUGAAAUAUGAACCCACUACAACACCUCCAAUAUAUGGCAACAUAAAAUAUGAACCAAUUACAGAACCACCAAAACAUGACUACGGGAAAUAUGAGCCAGUUACAGAGCCACCCAAACAUGACUACAGGAAAUAUGAACCAGUUACAGAGCCACCAAAACAUGACUACGGGAAAUAUGAACCAGUUACAAAACCACCAAAACAUGACUACGGGAAAUAUAAUCCAACGACAGAACCACCAAAACAUGACUACGGGAAAUAUGAACCAGUUAUAGAGCCACCAAAGCAUGACUACGGGAAAUAUGAACCAGUUACAGAGCCACCAAAGCAUGACUACGGGAAAUAUGAACCAGUUACAGAGCCACCAAAAUACGACUACAAGAAGUCACCAAAACCUGACUAUGGGAAAUAUGAACCAACUACAGAACCACCAAAACAAUACAAGGUGAAAUAUGAACCCACUACAACACCACCAAAAUAUGACUACAAAAAAUAUGAAGUAACGACAGAACCACCAAAAUAUGACUACGGGAAAUAUGAACCUAUAUAUAAAGCAACGACAGAACCACCAAAAUAUGACUACGGGAAAUAUGAUCUAACGACAGAACCACCAAAAUAUGACUACAAGAAAUAUGAAGUAACGACAGAACCACCAAAACAUGACUACGGGAAAUAUGAACCAGUAACAGAACCUCCAAAAUAUGACUACGGGAAAAAUGAACCAACGACCGAACCACCAAAAUAUGACUACGGGAAAUAUGAUCUAACAACCGAACCACCAAAAUAUGACUACGGGAAAUAUUACCUAACGACAGAACCACCAACACAUGACUACGUGAAAUAUGAUUCACCCAGGACACCAACAAAAUCUAACAAGGUGAAAUAUGAAGCUGAUUACAUAAUUGCUCCAAAUGUUUAUGACCAAAUACAAUAUACUACUAGAAUCCCAACAUACGAAAAUACACCCGAACCACCGAGGUAUGACGAAAAAACUAGAUAUGCAACAAUACCUCCAAUAUACCAUAAUCUACAUUAUCUCCAAAAAGGGGACAACGCCGCUCAAAAUAAGAAAGUUUUUGAAAAGUCUAUCAAGCUUAAGAGUUUGAAAAGUAAGGCAAAGAUUUCUUCACAUGAGUACCAUACUAGUGGUAAACCAUUAGUCAGAGAAUGGACAAACAAGGAGAAAAUGUUUGCGGACAAAGUCAAAUACUGGUUGUGGAAACUCAAAGGUAAACAGAAUGUAAUGUAUUUUGAAAGACUCGUCAAAUUGCUGAAAACUAGAUCCAUAGACGUUGAGAAAAUUCAGGAUACUAUUUUUGAAGCAGUAAUUGAUUGCCUUGGACCAGUUCAAACAUUAUUUGCUGUUAAAAAGAAAGACUUAGUAAAGUAUUUUGCAAAAUUCUGUGAUUCAACUGAUAUAAAUGAGAAAAAGUUUGCCAUGAAUUCUUUUAUUGGGAUAUGGGAGAAACUGAGAGGGAUGUGCUUGAAAGGAAAUCCAUGUUGCAGAAGAAUUGUAAGAAAGAUAAAGAAAACAUACAGUGAUUACAGGAGAAAAAUUGUCAAGUCAACAGAAACGUUCGAAAGUCAAGAAACUUCCGAAACUGAAGAAGAAAGUUCCGAAAGUCAAGAAAGUUCCGAAAGUCAAGAAACAUCCAAGAGUCAAGAAUCAUCCGAAAGUCAAGAAAAUCAAAGCGAUAACAGCGGUAAAAGUGUUAGUAAAUCAAGAGAAUCUUCCGAAAGUCAAGAAUAUGAAAGAAAGGAACAAUCAAAAAGGAAGGAAGAGACAAAAAAUAGAAAGUAUUUACCAGCAAGAUAUGGCAAGAAAAUAAACAGGAAAAAUAAAAAGGUUUUCUUGAAAAAGCAAAGACUUGGCAAAAGCAAAAGCAUAAGUGGAAGUACAAGUGAAGAAGACAGCAAGUCAAAAGAGAAUUUUGGCAUCUCAAAAACUAUUAAAGGUCACAAAAACAGGUAUGGAGCACAAUUAAAAUCAUAUAUCAAAUUUAGCAGCAGUGAAAGCAAAGACUCCGACAUUAGUGUGGAUUAUGAAUCAAAAAUCUUAUCAUCAUCCACAAGUAGCAACGAGUCAGCAAUUAAAGUAGAACGAAGAAACAAGAAGAAAUCAAAAUUCAGAAGAAAGAUAUAUUACAGCAAAAACGUUGAUAUAAACAAACAAGUUGACACAUACACUUCGAAAUCCUCAAAAAGCAGUGGAGAUUCCUCUGAAAUGGUAAAAAGCAGAAAAAGUAAACAUAAAACACAUCACAAAAUAAAAAGAAAACGAGACAGAAGUAGUAAAAGUGAAAGCAAAGAUUCGAAUUCCAGUGAUGAUAAAUAAACGUUUUCCUUAGUGUGGAAAUAGAGAAGAAUAUUUCCAUUUAUAACCUGUAAUGUGUGAAUUAGGAUGUACAAUUUGAUGAAAACUUGCCAUGAUGUUUG